AUGGCAACCCUCAAGAUCACCCAAAAGCACCACAGGCACCUAAACAACCCCUUCCCAUCAACGCCAAGGUCUCUUCCCUUCAUUCAAGGAAGCCUUUUUGCCAAUUCCCGAACACUGCCUUCACACCAAAUCUUCCCAGUUGGGAGAGAUUUCCAGCUUCUUUGGAGCUCUAGAAAUGGUGGGUAUCUCUCAAUUUCUCACCAGUCUCAACCAACAAGAGCCCUCUGGUCCACCAUUCCUGGACAAGCUUUUGUCUCUGCAGCUUUGGCUGAGACAGAGAUUGAAGAAAGCAGGGGAUCCUUUGCUAUAAAAGAUGGGAACGUUCUUGUGGUUUGUGACCACCAAACGAUUGAAGAUAUAAGAGUGAUCAAUAAGUUGGAUGGUAACCAUUUAGAGGAGGCUAGUGAUCUUGAUUCUUCAUCUCGGUGUUCAAGUUUUGACCAGAGAAAAGAUUUGAAAGAUACCCAAUUUCCUGUUUUGUUAAUAACAGGCAAGUUAUUCAGCAAAAGAAAGAAGAGACUUCCAGAAUCUAGCAUUUACAAGCAUAUAGAUUUUGACACAACGGGCCCACCCACUUACGCAAGUUAUUGGGUUCUCUUUGAUCAGAAGAACCUUAACCAGAUUGGUUUUCAAGUGAGAGUUGGAGAACCCAACUUUGAAUUCCCACGAAGAGCUUCACCAACUCGUUUAGGAAAAUACCAGAGGUUAAGGUUGAAGCUACGAAGGAUUCGAAAACGAAAGCUUGGAUGGUGUAGAUUCUUUACAAGGCCUAGAGGGUUUGUUGCAGUUUCUUCAUCGGAGGAAAUAGAAACCAAGGUUCCAGAGUUUACACAGUUCAACAGAAUCUGCCUUAGCUAUUCAAGUGAAGCCAAUGAGAGGUUCUAUGGUUUUGGAGAGCAGUUUUCCCACAUGGACUUCAAAGGGAAAAGGGUACCCAUUUUUGUUCAAGAACAGGGGAUUGGAAGAGGAGAUCAACCUAUUACUUUUGCAAUCAACUUGGUUAGCUACAGAGCUGGCGGUAAUUGGAGUACAACUUAUGCUCCUUCACCAUUCUACAUGACAUCCGAGAUGAGGUCUCUUUAUCUUGAUGGAUAUGAUUACUCUGUUUUUGAUUUAACGAGACAUGAUAGAGUUCAAAUACAGAUACACAGCAAUUCAGCUCUAGGAAGAAUAUUGCAUGGCAACUCACCUGCUGAGCUUAUUGAACACUUCACAGAAACUAUUGGGAGGCCUCCUGAGCUUCCUAAGUGGAUUAUAUCUGGAGCUGUUGUCGGAAUGCAGGGUGGAACAGAUGUCGUACGGCGCAUUUGGGAUGAACUGCAGGCCUAUAAGGUUCCCAUCUCUGCAUUUUGGUUGCAGGAUUGGGUAGGACAGAGGGAGACUUUGAUUGGAUCACAAUUGUGGUGGAACUGGGAAGUGGAUACAACAAGGUAUAAGGGAUGGAAGCAACUAGUUCAAGAUCUUGGUGCUCAGCAUAUUAAAGUGAUGACAUAUUGCAACCCUUGUCUAGCUCCGGCGGAUGAGAAACCAAACAGAAGGAGAAAUCAUUUUGAGGAGGCCAAAAAGUUGGACAUCUUAGUGAAAGACAAACAUGGAAAACCAUAUAUGGUUCCAAACACAGCUUUUAAUGUGGGAAUGUUGGAUUUGACACACCCAGAUACUGCAAGUUGGUUCAAGCAGGUUUUACAGGAAAUGGCUGAUGAUGGCGUCAGAGGGUGGAUGGCUGAUUUUGGCGAAGGUCUGCCUGUAGAUGCCAACCUUUAUUCAGGUGAAGAUCCAAUCUCUGCCCAUAACAGAUACCCAGAGCUAUGGGCCCAAAUAAACCGAGAGUUUGUGGAAGAAUGGAAAGCAAACCGUGUGGGUAAGGAGAGAGAGGACCCAGAAGAGGCUUUGGUCUUCUUCAUGAGAGCCGGUUUCAGGGAUAGUCCCAAAUGGGGGAUGCUAUUUUGGGAAGGAGACCAAAUGGUUAGUUGGCAGGCUAAUGAUGGGAUAAAAAGUGCUGUUGUUGGCCUACUGAGCAGUGGACUUUCUGGAUAUGCUUUCAAUCACAGUGAUAUUGGAGGCUACUGUGCAGUAAACUUGCCUUUUAUCAAGUAUAACAGAAGUGAAGAGUUGCUCAUUCGAUGGAUGGAACUAAAUGCUUUCACCACUGUUUUCCGGACACAUGAAGGAAACAAGCCAACUUGCAACAGCCAAUUCUACUCGAAUCAGAGAACUUUAUCACUUUUUGCACGCUGUGCUAAAAUGUAUAAAGCUUGGUAUUUCUACAGAAGCCAACUAGUGAAGGAAGCAUCCCAGAAAGGCCUCCCCAUUUGCCGCCACCUUUUUCUCCACUAUCCAAAUGAUAGGCAUGUGCACAACUUGAGUUACCAGCAAUUCUUAAUUGGUACUGAAAUACUAGUGGUGCCUGUUCUAGACAAGGGCAAGCAAAAUGUCAAGGCCUAUUUUCCAGAGGGUGAAACUUAUCCCUGGAAACAUAUCUGGUCAGGAAAGCUAUUCACGGAACAAGGUUCUGAAGCCUGGGUAGAAGCUCCACUUGGUUAUCCUGCUGUAUUCAUUAAGGAUGGCACUUCUGUGGGAGAAACAUUUCUAGAAAACCUGAGAAAUUUUGGCAUCCUUUGAUAAAUUAGUCAUCAAAGAGGGCUACAAUUAACCUAAAUGGAAUUGAACUACUUACUAACAAAUGAUCAUCCUUCAUUCUUUGAAAGUUUGCUUCUGCAUUUUGGUAACUGUACUUUGUACAUCCUUUAGUCAACAUCUGUUCAACUUUCGAACAUAUGUUUUGUUAACUGUUCUUUUGUCAACUUCAAUUAAUCAGGAUCUGUCUAACAUUCCUUUAUCAAAA